UUACACAGCCUGUAGUAGUAGUUUCCUGCUGUAUGAGAUCACACAAUAGUCAAAGAGCCUGAAACUCUUACGUUGUGUCUUAAUUGGUUUGAAUGUUUAUCAUCUACUAGCUUCUGUAUUGACAGCCUCGGGUGUUUUAUAUAAUUAAUGUUUCUGCUAACAUGUACAUGAACAUGAAUCAUCAGAGAUGUUAUGUUUAUAUAUCGAUACCCUGUUUCUGUAAUUGUUGGGGGCUUGUGAGCCUCUUUUGGCACCAUUUUUAGUUUGUUUUGUCAUUCACCUGAUCAGAUCAGACAGUGAUUAUGUAAUAACCUCAUGUUUGAUCAUACAUCAUCCAUGCGUUGGAGUUUGUAUUUUGAUAUAACCAAACCAGUAAAAUCAGUAAUCCACAUGACUGGAAAAUGCAAAUAGAGGAAGAGAGACGGCACGCAGUUUCUUUUAGGAAAUCCUGGACGUUAUGAUUUGUGACUAAUAAAUAAAAAACAGCAUGUAUGUUAUGUUUAGAAUUUCAAACGUCACACAGUUUGAUACUCAUUCAACACUACUGUCGUCUUCAAUCUGAGGCUCCAAGUCAUCCCGACCCCUUUGCUUCGUUUCUCUCGAUUGAUGACUUAAACCCUAAAUGUUCUUCACCGGAAGGUUCCCAAAGAUGGCGGAAUCCGAAUCUCAGAUCUAUCACGAACGACAACGAUUACAAUUUUGCCUAUUGCACUCCCUCAACAAUCUAUUUCAGGACAAAGACGCAUUCACACGAGAAACCUUGAACUCAAUCGCAGAGAAGCUCGUGGAGGAUGAUCCAAACAAAGAAACAUGGACGACACCUCUCUCUUUACUCCUCAAGCCUCACCACAACACACUCACUGGUAACUACGACGUGAACGUGAUGAUCACAGCUCUCGAAGGCAAAGGCAAGAGUGUUGUUUGGCAUGAUAAGCGUAUUGGAGCUUCUUCGAUUGAUCUUGAUGAUGCAGAAGAUACUUUGAUGGGUAUUGUGUUGAAUGUUCCGGUUAAGCGGUACGGUGGACUUUGGAGAAGUAGGCAUUGGGUUGUGGUUAGAAGAAUCAAUGGUGUUUGGUAUAAUUUGGAUAGUGAUCUCGUUUUGCCACAGAUGUUUAAAGGUGGAGAUGAAGUUAGAGUGUUCUUGGAUCAAAAUCUGAGUUUAGGUGCAGAGGUUUUGCUAGUGAACAACAAUGCUUAAAAGAUCAACAAACGUGAGUUUCAAUUUUUCUUACGUUUCUCUCUGUAUGUUAUUGAAUACCCAUCAAGUGUGGAAAUGUAUCUAGUACAUUGUUCCGAUCUCAAUGGAAUGUUGUCACAUGUAAGAAAUCAUUCUCCAAAGGUUGAAUGUUUUAUUUUUUGGUAGCCUCAAGUCUCAAGUAAGGUAUCUGCAAUUUAUAAAGCUACAGGAACAAAACGGUUCAGUGCAAACACUAGACCAGUAACACCCGGUAAGCAAUCCUCAGUCAAGGGACCAUAUGGUAAGAAUCCUGGUUGCACAACAAGCUGUGGUAUGAGGCUACCGAGGAAAACAGAAUGCACAGCAGCAAGACUGGUCAAACAUGUCAGCUGUAUCUUCGUUAAAGGCUUACGACAAGUGGUGAUGAGGACGAAGAAGAAGAAGAGAUCUACACCUCUGAAGAAGGCUUCUUCUUCUGGUAUAUCUCAGCCUUCGGUCAUCUCUGUCGUUAAUGAUAGUCAAAGAUCAGAGGCUAUAGAAGACUGCAUACAGUUCAUAAACUCCUCUUCUUCCUUCAAAAGAUCAAGUUCUACCAGUGACCGUGAAUCUUAAGUUCUGUUAUGCCUUUUAAGUUUAGAAAACUCUUUUCUUGGUCACUACGCAAUAGCAUAUUAGAGAACUGCGUGUAUUCUGUAUGAAAUAAUAUAUAUAUAGAGCUGAAGAAAGAUCUGAAGUAAUCUUGAGAAACGUGACAGUGUGAGCUUCGUUUUUUGUACAAAAAAUUAACCGUAUAGCUUUCAUCUACA